AUGGCGUCGUCGGGGGGGGCCCCCUCGGUGCCGCCGCCGCCGCCGUCGUGCAGCCUGAAGGACGAGCUGGUGUGCCCCAUCUGCCUGAGCCUGUACGCCGACCCGGUGAGCUUCGGCUGCGAGCACUACUUCUGCCGCCGCUGCAUCACGGAGCACUGGAGCCGGCAGCAGCAGGAGGCGUCGGGGCCGGGGGGGUCCGGGGGGUGGCGCGACUGCCCCGAGUGCCGCCGCCGCUUCGCGCAGCCCUGCCUGGCGCCCAGCCUGAAGCUGGCCAACAUCGUGGAGCGCUACGCCGCCUUCCCGCUGGACGCCAUCCUGGGGGGCGCGCGGCGGCCGGCCGGCCUCGCCUGCGCCAAGGAGCACGCCAAGGUCAAGCUCUUCUGCCUCGCCGACCGCGCCGUCGUCUGCUUCUUCUGCGACCAGCCCGCCCGGCACGAGCAGCACCCCGUCACCAGCCUCGACGACGCCUUCGACGAGCUGCAGCGGGAGCUGAAGGAGCAGCUGCAGGCCCUGCAGGAGAGCGAGCGCGGCCACGCCGAGGCCCUGGCCCUCCUCAAGCGCCAGCUGGCCGAGACCAAGUCCUCUGCCAAGAGCCUGCGAGCCACCAUCGGGGAGGCCUUUGAGCGGCUGCACCGGCUGCUGCGGGAGCGUCAGAAGGCCAUGCUGGAGGAGCUGGAGGCCGACACGGCCAGGACCCUGACGGACAUUGAGCAGAAGAUCCAGCGCUACAGCCAGCAGCUGCGCAAAGUGCAGGAGGGCAGCCAGAUCCUGCAGGAGAGGCUGGCGGAGGCGGACAAGCACGCCUUCCUGGAGGGUAUCGGCUCCCUUUCCGAGAGGCUGAAGGGCAAGAUCCACGAGACGAACCUCACGUACGAGGACUUCCCCACCUCCAAGUACAUGGGACCCCUGCAGUACACCAUCUGGAAGUCUCUUUUCCAGGAUAUCCACCCAGUGCCAGCCGCCCUCACCUUGGACCCUUUGACCGCUCACCAGCGCCUCAUCCUGUCCGACGACUGCACCAUUGUGGCCUACGGCAACCUGCACCCGCAGCCCCUGCAGGACUCUCCCAAGCGUUUCGAUGUGGAGGUGUCGGUGCUGGGCUCGGAGGCCUUUGGCAGCGGCGUGCACUACUGGGAGGUGGUGGUCUCCGAGAAGACCCAGUGGAUGAUCGGCCUGGCCCACGAGGUCGUCACCCGCAAGGGCAGCAUUCAGAUCCAGCCCAGCCGCGGCUUCUACUGCAUCGUCAUGCACGACGGUAACCAGUACAGUGCCUGCACAGAGCCCUGGACGCGGCUGAACGUCAAGAGUAAGCUGGAGAAGGUGGGCGUCUUCCUGGACUUUGACAAGGGGCUGCUGAUCUUCUACAAUGCAGACGACAUGUCGUGGCUCUACACCUUUCGGGAGAGGUUUCCUGGCAAGCUCUGCUCUUACUUCAGCCCUGGGCAGAGCCACGCAAACGGCAAGAAUGUGCAGCCGCUCCGGAUCAACACCGUCCGCAUCUAAGGG